CUCUUACAUCAUCAAAUCAGUCAAAACUCCCUUCCAUUAAAGCUUCUCUAGGAUUCCAAAUUGGCAGCUGAUGUUGUAUAGAGUGACAAGAGAGGGUGAUGUCGAUCACGUGACGAUUGCCUCCAUUACCUCAGCCCAUUUUAUUUUAUUGACUUUUCGGUCCCUGUUUAGAUGGUGUGUAUAUGAAGAUUUGUCAAGUGGAUGGACCCGCCAUCUUCACAAAUCUGUUCCGAGGUUUCCCAGGGAGUCAUGGUUGCAAGCUCUGGAAGGACAAUAAUGGAGAGUAGUAGAGGGAGGUCUAAUCUUUCUUCUACAAAAACAGAGAGAAAAGUCAAUGAGAAAAAUAGGAGAUAUCAAAUGAAAACCCUUUACUCCAAGCUCAAUUCUCUCCUCCCUGAUAAAAAAUCCACGGAAAAACAACCUCUGCCUGAUCAGAUAGAUGAGGCAAUAAGCUAUAUAAAGAGUCUGGAAAUAAAGUUGGAGGAAACCAAGGAAAAGAAAGAAAGCUUAACAUUUGCUACUCCAAAAUCACCCAAGCUAAAAAUCCAAGAAACGGGAUCUGCUCUAGAGAUAGUUUUUACAUGUGGGCUAGAUAAUCAGUUCUUGUUUUACGAGAUCAUCAGCAUUCUGCAUGAAGAAGGUGUAGAAGUUGUUAGUGCUAAUUCUCAAGCUCUCGGAGAUUCCUUUUUCCAUGUAGUCCAUGCACAGAUGAAGGAAUCUGCUGUUGGUCUUGGAGCUGCAAGAGUAACUGGGAGAGUGAAUAGGCUUAUUAAUGGAUCCACAUGUGAAUUAGAGUUGGAUUCAGAGCAAUGGGAUUAAUCCUGAGACUAAUUUGGAAUUCUAAACAGUACUGAAGUCCCAAAGUUGGUAAAUUUGGCACUAUAUUUUGGAAUCUGUGUGUACUUUCUUGGAAUAUGUAAGAUACAGAGAUUUUAGAAAGAAGUUUACAUACGCAUGGCAAUAUUCUGUGUAACAAAUUUAGUAGCUACUGAAUGUUUUAUAUAUAUGUAAUGCCUGUUCUGUCUA